CUGCGGUCACACUGGCACCACCUGCAAAAGCGCGCCUUAUUUUUUGGCAUCAUCUUAUCUUAUGUUUUUGCUAUAACAAUUACAUUUAGGUACCUAGAAUGGACGCCAAGCGCAAGUUUAAUGGCACCUCCAAUGGCCACGCCAAAAAGCCCAGGUAGGGGAACUUAGGGGGAGUAUAAAACAAGCCAUUACAUUUCUUGCACCACAGGAAUCCCGACGAAGACGAGGAAAUGGGCUUUGAGGCGGAGCUGGCUGCCUUCGAGAACUCCGAGGACAUGGAUCAGACUUUGCUAAUGGGCGACGGGCCGGAGAAUCAGCAGACCAGUGAGCGCUGGUCCCGCCCACCUCCACCAGAUUUAGAUCCCUUUAAGGACAACUUGCAGUUCCAGCAGCUGGAUGUGGAGAACUACCUGGGACAGCCCUUGCCGGGAAUGCCAGGUGCGCAAAUAGGACCCGUUCCGGUUGUCCGCAUGUUCGGGGUCACCAUGGAGGGCAACUCGGUGUGCUGCCAUGUCCACGGCUUCUGUCCGUACUUCUACAUAGAGGCUCCCAGGCAAUUUGAAGAGCACCAGUGCGAGAAACUACAGAAGGCCCUGGAUCAGAAGGUCAUAGCCGAUAUCCGGAACAACAAGGACAAUGUCCAGGAAGCUGUGCUCAUGGUGGAGCUGGUGGAGAAGCUGAAUAUCCACGGCUACAACGGCGACAAGAAGCAGAGGUACAUCAAAAUUACGGUGACACUGCCCAGAUUUGUGGCCGCCGCCUCGCGGCUGCUCAAAAAGGAGGUGAUCAUGUCGGAGAUCGACUUCCAGGACUGCCGCGCCUUCGAGAACAACAUUGACUUCGAUAUCCGCUUCAUGGUGGACACGGGAGUGGUCGGUUGCAACUGGAUUGAGCUUCCCGUGGGCCACUGGCGGAUGAGGAACAGCCGCAGCAAACCGCUGCCCGAAUCCCGCUGCCAGAUUGAGGUUGAUGUGGCCUUCGACAGGUUCAUCUCCCACGAACCGGAGGGCGAGUGGUCCAAGGUGGCGCCCUUCCGCAUCCUCUCCUUCGAUAUCGAGUGCGCCGGUCGCAAGGGAAUCUUUCCCGAGGCCAAAAUGGAUCCCGUCAUUCAGAUAGCCAACAUGGUCAUUCGGCAGGGAGAGCGAGAGCCCUUCAUCAGGAAUGUCUUCACCCUGAACGAGUGUGCUCCGAUCAUAGGAAGCCAGGUGCUGUGCCACGACAAGGAGACCCAGAUGCUGGACAAGUGGUCGGCCUUUGUGCGGGAGGUCGAUCCGGACAUCCUGACCGGCUAUAAUAUCAACAACUUUGACUUUCCCUACCUGAUCAACCGGGCUGCGCACUUGAAGGUCAAGAACUUCGAGUAUCUGGGCCGGAUUAAGAACAUUCGCUCGGUGAUCAAGGAGCAGAUGCUGCAGUCCAAGCAGAUGGGUCGCCGGGAGAACCAGUAUGUGAAUUUCGAGGGUCGCGUGCCCUUCGAUCUGCUCUUUGUCUUGCUGCGCGACUACAAACUGCGCUCCUACACGCUCAACGCUGUGAGCUAUCACUUCCUGCAGGAGCAAAAGGAGGAUGUGCAUCACAGCAUCAUUACGGAUCUGCAGAACGGAGACGAGCAAACGCGUCGCCGGCUGGCCAUGUACUGCCUGAAGGAUGCCUACCUGCCGCUGAGAUUGCUCGAGAAGCUGAUGGCCAUCGUUAACUACAUGGAAAUGGCCAGGGUGACGGGUGUGCCGCUGGAAUCGCUGCUCACCCGCGGACAACAGAUCAAGGUGUUGAGUCAACUGUUGCGCAAGGCCAAGACCAAGGGCUUCAUCAUGCCCUCGUACACCUCCCAGGGAUCGGAUGAGCAGUACGAGGGAGCCACUGUGAUUGAACCGAAAAGGGGCUACUAUGCGGAUCCCAUCUCCACGCUGGAUUUCGCCUCCCUGUAUCCGAGUAUAAUGAUGGCCCACAACUUGUGCUACACCACCUUGGUUCUGGGCGGAACGCGUGAGAAGCUGCGCGAGCAGGAGAACCUGCAGGAUGAUCAGGUAGAGCGCACGCCGGCCAAUAAUUACUUUGUUAAAUCGGAGGUGCGGCGCGGCCUGCUGCCCGAGAUCCUGGAAUCCCUUUUGGCCGCCAGGAAGCGGGCCAAAAACGACCUGAAAGUGGAAACGGAUCCGUUUAAACGGAAGGUUUUGGAUGGCAGGCAGCUGGCGUUGAAGAUUUCGGCCAAUUCGGUGUAUGGAUUCACCGGUGCCCAGGUGGGAAAGCUGCCCUGCCUGGAGAUCUCGGGCAGCGUCACCGCCUAUGGCCGCACCAUGAUCGAGUUGACCAAAAACGAGGUGGAGACGCACUACACGCAGGCCAAUGGCUAUGAGAACAAUGCGGUGGUCAUCUACGGCGACACAGACUCUGUGAUGGUUAAUUUCGGUGUAAAGACACUGGAGCGCAGCAUGGAGCUAGGUCGCGAGGCGGCCGAGUUGGUUAGCUCCAAGUUCGUGCAUCCCAUUAAGCUGGAGUUCGAGAAGGUCUACUAUCCGUACCUCCUCAUCAACAAGAAGCGCUAUGCGGGAUUGUACUUCACGCGGCCGGAGACGUACGAUAAAAUGGACUGCAAGGGCAUCGAAACGGUGAGGAGGGAUAACUCGCCGCUGGUGGCCAACCUGAUGAACGCCUGCCUGCAGAAACUGCUCAUCGAAAGGGAUCCCGACGGGGCAGUGGCCUACGUGAAACAGGUGAUUGCCGAUCUGCUCUGCAACCGCAUCGACAUCUCGCAUCUGGUCAUCACCAAGGAGCUGGCGAAGACGGACUACGCGGCUAAGCAGGCGCACGUGGAGUUGGCCGCCAAGAUGAAGAAAAGAGAUCCUGGCACGGCACCCAAGCUGGGCGAUCGAGUUCCCUAUGUGAUCUGUGCGGCGGCCAAGAAUACGCCUGCUUAUCAGAAGGCCGAGGAUCCGCUGUAUGUGCUGGAGAACAGCGUGCCCAUCGACGCCACCUACUAUCUGGAGCAGCAGCUCUCCAAGCCGCUGCUGCGGAUCUUUGAGCCCAUUUUGGGCGACAAUGCAGAGUCCAUUUUGCUGAAGGGCGAGCACACGCGCACUCGCACUGUGGUUACUUCAAAAGUGGGUGGUUUAGCCGGCUUUAUGACCAAGAAAACCGCCUGCUUGGGCUGCAAAUCCCUGAUGCCCAAGGGAUACGAGCAGGCCUGCCUGUGUCCGCAUUGCGAGCCCCGCAUGAGUGAGCUCUACCAGAAGGAGGUGAGUGCCAAAAGGGAGCUGGAGGAGACCUUUUCGCGCCUCUGGACGGAGUGCCAGCGAUGCCAGGAGUCGCUGCAUGAGGAGGUCAUCUGCUCGAACCGCGAUUGUCCCAUCUUCUACAUGCGACAGAAGGUGCGCAUGGAUUUGGACAGUCAGGAGAAGAGGGUGAUGCGAUUCGGCUUGGCCGAGUGGUAGCCAAAGCAUGAAUUUACUGAAUUGUUUAAUCCUAUAAUUUAUUAAUUAUAUUACUAGAAGUUA